CUCCCCCCCCCCCCCCCCCCCCCGCGUGCCUUCCUCACCUGCGGCUCUGGGCAGCGAGCGGCGGCGGCUGCGGGAUCCCCCGCCUCCCCCCACCCGGAUCCGGCCACCGAGAGUAACAGACAAACUUCUGUAAGAUGGGUCGUGGUGUUAGCAGUGGGGGUGGUCAGAGUUCCUUAGGCUACCUCUUUGGUGGUGAUGAAGCUCCAAAAUCAGCUGAGAAGCCAACACCGGUCCAAAAGCCUGCACCUCCCUCCACUGCUGAGAAACUAAAAGAUAUCCCAGCUGGUAUUCAAAGUAGUAAAGCGAACAAUUACAUGAGAGCUGAAGGUCAGAACUGUGGAAAUUUCCUUACGGACCGUCCGUCAACCAAGGUGCAAGCUGCUCCAGGUGGUGGCUCUUCACUCGACUAUCUUUUCAGUGGUAGCAAGGAUGGCAAGUGAUGCCACCUCCUGUUAGUUCAGCCAUGAGCUUGGAAGAAAGGUUCCUGCUUAACAAAAACCUUGUGUUCCCAUGAGUAACUAUCAAACUGCUCAUGGUAUGUAUGUUGCUGGGAUUGCUUGUAUGUAUGCAUGUGUUUAUGUGUGUUGUCUGUCAAUCAGCAGCUACUGGUACUAAGAGCUGACCUCUAUCCUUGUUGAUGGAAUUGGGUGUUACGACUAUGUUGACAUUAUUGUGAGUGAUGUUUUGAUGUAUAAAACUGUUCCAAGUUGCGUCAUAUUGAAUAUGUUUGCUGUUUAAGGCUCA